AUGAAUUUUACCAUUUUAAAAAUGGAGAAUGAAAUAGCAGAUUUGAAAACUGAAAAAAUUAAUUUAGUCCAAGGUUUAUCAGAGUUAGAAAACGUUAGAGCUAGUCUUGAGAAAGACAAAAAUGGCCUCUCUUCAUGCAUAGAGGAGGAAAGAGAAAAGUCCAAAAAAGAAUGUUCAGUUUUUAUGUCAUUAAUAAAAGAACUAAAACAGGAACGUGAACAGUUUCACUCGGAAGUGGUUCAAUUCAAAAUAACAAUUGAUGAGCUAGAGAAACAAAAUGCUAGCUUAGAGAAUGAUAAGAAAGCUAUUUCUUCCCAAUGGGAAUUCGAAAGAGACAAAUCACAGAUUGCACUUGAAGAAUCAGAGGCAGAGAAAGAGAAAUUGAAUGCUAUGAUAUCAGAGGUACAGAAAUUGUCAUUGGAGUUGGAAAAGAAAUUAGAAGAUUCAGUACAAAAGGGUCAAGCGAUUUCUUCUGAACUGAAGGAAGAAAAGAUCUCAGUCAGCACUUUCAAAGAGGAGUACUCAUUGAUGAAGUUAGCUGUUUCAUCAAUGGAAACUGAAUUAGCAGAUCUAAAAGCUGAAAGAACAACUUUAGUUCAGACUAUGUCAGAAUUAGAAAAUGCUAGAAUCUGCCUUUCUUCUCGCCUUGAUGAGGAGAGAGGCAUGUCAAAGAAAGACUUAUCGAUUUUAAUGUCAACAGUUGUAGAGCUAAAAAAUGAUAUUGAAUAUUUUCAAGUGGAAAAAAAUCAUUUAAAUGAAACCAUCAAUGAGUUAAAGAUGAAAAACACUGGGUUAGAAGAAGAUAGAAAAGUCUUGUCUUGCCAGCUGGAAGAUGAAAAAGAAAAGGCAGAGAGACAUGUAGCAGAAUUAUUGGAAGAAAAAGUCAGACUAAAUGAUAUUAUUGCUCUUUUGCAAACAGAGUCUUUAGCUUGGAAAAAUCAAUUAACUAAUUCUGUUCAAGAAUGUCAAGUUCUUUCAACGCAACUGAAUGAAAAAAAUGUGAAAUAUUUAGAAAUGAAGUCAACUAUCUCAAGAUUGGAUGAAGAAGUUACAUAUUUAGAAAAUACAAAAGCUAGCCUGGAAAUGGAGAGGGAUAGCAUCUCUUCCAGUAUGAUGGAGGAGCGAGAAAAGUUUCAUAACGAAUGUUCAGUACUGACAUCUUCAAUCUUAGAAUUACAGACCACAGUAACAAACUAUGAAGGCAAGAACAAUGUCUUGAAUAAAACUGUACUAGAACUGCAAUCUAAAAAUGCUCAUUUAGAAAAUGAUAGCAUUUCUUCCCAGCUAGAUGCUGAGAGAGUCAAGUCAGCAAAAAAGAAUUUUGAGCUUAAGUCGACCAUAUCUGCAUUGCAAGAAGAAUCUCAGGCAGAAAAAGACCAAUUGAAAAUGACCAUAUCUGCAUUGCAAGAAGAAUCUCAGGCAGAAAAAGACCAAUUGAAAAUGACCAUAUCUGCAUUGCAAGAAGAAUUUCAGGUAGAGAAAGAUCAGAUGAAAAUGACCAUAUCUGCAUUGCAAGAAGAAUCUCAGGCAGAGAAAGACCAUUUGAAAGCUACCAUAUCAGAAUUACAGAACGACACCAUAGAAUUAAAAGAGAAAUUAGAUUACACUAAGCAAGAGUGUGAAACUGUUUUGUCUCAACUGCAUAAAGAAAGGGAGUCUCUAAACUCAUACAAAUAA